AUGGAUCACCAGUGGCAGGCAUACAAGGACCCCUUAGCGGGUCGCCCUGCGCAGUUCAACAAUACCGGGUUGACGUCGAAUCCGAACCCCCAGCAGAUGCCCUCGAAAUACGGCACCCAGCCACAACCGUCACAACCCCCCGUUGGCUACACGUACGAGACUUUUCAAACUCCAGGUAUCACUGCCAAACCGCCUUCCGCCGCUACAACCUCCAAAACGGUCUCAUUGGCGUCUUCCCCCACCACCGCGACACCUCAGAGCCGGGAUUAUGUCACUGACGCAGAUACCACCAUGGAGGAUGCUGACCCGUACAACCGGGCAAAGUACCCUACGCGGCCCAACCAUCAUAGCCGGCCUUCUUCGCAGUACUUUCCCAGCGAGGGGUCCUCUGCUGCCCGCCGAUAUUCUCCAAUGAAUGUGUUGUCGCCUACCUUGCCGUACAAUUCGAGCCCAGGAAAGUCGGGCAAUUCAUACGGCUUCCCUCCUGCGCCAAAUCAGUCUCGACAGUCGCCAACGAGGACGUCUACCUACUCCUCGCCUCCGCAGCCGUUCCAGUCCCCUCCCUCUGGAUCCCGCCCCCCGCGACUACCCCCCAUACAAUCCACUGAAAUGAGCAUAAGUCCUGAUCAGUUCUUCGGCCCGUCAUCGGGACCUCAGCUCAGUUCACCGUUCCCACAAGACGGAAGGUCUCCGCGCGGAGGAACCACGAGCGGGGUUGUCCAACAGCCAGGCCGAGGCCCAGUCCCCAAAUUCCAGAAGCUCAAAUCGGUUCAGGAGCUUCAGCCUCGUAUCAAUGCACAACCACCAUUCAGACGUGCCAACCCUGAGGGUGGUUUCAUCAGCCCACUCCAAGCGCUGACAGUUCACCUCCCGUCUACAUAUCGGAUAUGCAAUCCUGGCUUCAACUACGAGUCAUCGCGAAAUCCACGACGAGUCCUCACCAAACCCAGCAAGGGCGUCAAGAAUGAUGGCUACGAUAAUGAGGAUAGUGAUUACAUUCUUUAUGUCAACGACAUCCUAGGUAGCGAGGAGGCAGGCCAUAAAAACCGCUAUCUCAUUCUUGAUGUGCUUGGCCAGGGUACCUUUGGGCAGGUCGUAAAGUGUCAGAACCUAAAGACGCAAGAGGUUGUGGCCGUCAAGGUAAUCAAAAACAAGACAGCAUAUUUCAAUCAGAGUAUGAUGGAAGUAUCUGUUCUGGACCUGCUCAAUAGCAAGUACGAUAGAAACGACGACCAUCAUUUACUCCGACUGAAAGACACGUUCAUACACCGUCAACAUCUUUGCUUGGCAUUCGAGCUACUCAGUGUCAACCUCUACGAAUUGAUCAAGCAAAAUCAGUUCCGAGGAUUAAGCACCACGCUUGUGCGUGUUUUUGCGCAGCAAUUAUUAAAUGCCCUGAGUCUCCUAAACAAGGCCCACUUGAUCCAUUGCGAUCUCAAGCCCGAAAACAUCUUAUUGAAAAAUCUCGAGAGUCCUAUUAUCAAAGUCAUUGAUUUCGGUUCGGCUUGUGAUGAAAGACAAACUGUGUAUACGUAUAUUCAGUCAAGAUUCUACCGCUCACCAGAGGUGUUACUUGGCUUACCGUAUUCGUCCGCAAUUGACAUGUGGUCCCUAGGGUGCAUUGUUGUUGAGCUUUUCCUUGGUCUGCCGUUGUUCCCUGGAUCCUCAGAAUACAACCAAGUUUGCAGAAUCGUGGAGAUGUUGGGUCUGCCUCCGACCUGGAUGUUGGAGAUGGGCAAGCAAUCAGGCGAUUUCUUCGAGAAGACCCAAGACGAAUUUGGUCGAAAGAAUUACCGCCUAAAGAGCCUGGAGCAAUACUCUCGCGAGCGUAAUGCAAAGGAGCAGCCCAGCAAGAAAUAUUUCCAAGCGUCAACAUUGGAGGAGAUCAUUCGAAGCUACCCGAUGCCUAGGAAGAAUAUGAAACAAGCAGAGAUUGAGAGAGGUGCGUCAACACGCCAUAUUACUGAUCUUUAUUAA